CACUACAGAAGAUCUUUAGACUCCAGAAAUGGAGUGGGUUGUGGUGAAUUCUCAAGUACAUCUCCAGUCUGUCAUAGCGGCACUUGGAACUCAAAUAGGAGACUCAUACGUGGUUGGGGAAACAUGUCUCGAAAAUUUGCACCUGAUUUACCGUAAUCUUUGCAUGGAAGAUAGGACGUCUCGUAGUUUUCGGAGAUCUAUUGGACAUGCCCAAGCUAUCAAAAAGGAUCUAUUGCCGCUGCUCACAAACUCUAAAGAUAAGGAAAUACUAGCUCUAACUAUCAAGAUCUUAGUGAAUUUAACAUUACCAGUGGAAUGUCUCCUAUGCCCUGCCACCAUGACCAAAUCACCGGCCGGAAGCACCGUUGUUUACGAGUUGAACUGGCUCCUCCAUGCAGCCAAGGAAUCAUUUGUGGAUAAGCAUUCCACACGCAGUGUAGUUGAUUUCAUGCAAGAAAUCUUGGAAAAAGUACAUACCACCCAUAAAACUACUUUAGUUCCCCAGUUGGACAAAAUGGAGUGUGAGCACAUCAACACGUGCCUGUUACUUCUACGUAACAUCCUUCAUAUACCUGAAACAAGAGGAGUAUUCUCAUUGUCUCUUCAAAAUCAAAUCAUAUGGAAUUUGUUCACCCAAAAUAUUGACAAGGUUCUGAUCCAGCUGAUGAAUGAAGAUCUAUGCGCUAAUUGGGGUAUCACCAUAGCACAGUUGAUAGCAUUGAUUUACAAGGAUCAACAUGUGAAUACUCUACAAAAGCUGCUCAGUCUAUGGUUCGAAGCCGCGUUAAGUGAUAGCUCAGAUGAUAAUGAAAGCAACACUUCUCCACCUGAGCGGAACAAUGAUUCGUUUUCAAAUACAACAUCUGACCCCACCUCUGACUCAUCCGAAACAGGAUCAGAUAAUGUGAAUCAAUCCAGCACACAGCCACCAAAACAGCAGCAGCCUGCGAGUAUCCAACCAUCCACGAUUAAAGAGAAUUUCGAGAAGCAGCCAGCACCCGAUACUAAUAUGAUUUUGGGGUCUGCUGAUAUCACUCCAAGAAUUCCAACUUCAAGCGGAAAAAAAGUACCUGGAAAAAAAGAAAUUAAAGAAAUUGAAAAGGAUGAUUCUCUCUCCUCAUUUAAGUGUUUCCAAAAUCGAAAGAGCAUUAAGCAGUGUCACUCAAAUGAAGUAUCUGACCGUGGAUAUGACACGCAAGUUGAAAAUCAAGGUUCAAUCUCAACCUCCAGCAAUGAAGAAGAACAACCCUUACGGAAUGCUAAGCCUGCUUUAAAAAUUCAGAAAAAUCGAUUCUCUAAACCUCAACUGAGCGAUAAGGAGAAAAAAGAACUUCAGUCAAAAAAACUAAUGAAGCGUAGUUGCAUCACUUUGAUGAAUAUGAAAGCAUUUCUACAUUAUACACCAAAGGAUGGAGAUAUCUCUCAAUUGUUAAAAGAAUUCACUAUAGACUUCCUCUUAAAAGGCUAUGGUAAACUAGUCUCCGAAUUCCACUCUCAGGUCCUGUUGAACAUCAAACAUAGAGUCGAUACCUCGCAUUUUGUCUGGAUGAUAACUUAUUUCCUGAAGUUUGUCACUCAACUUGAAAUUGAUUACCCACUUAUAAGUUCAGUGGUCUCUUUCAAUACUGUCUCCUAUCUGACGUUUGAAGGCGUAACCUUGUGUGAAGAACUUGAAGCUCUAAAAGUGUGUCCAGAUAAUAAUUUAGACUCGUGUUUUCAUCGUUUACAUCUGGUUGUCAUUGCCAUAUCAGAAGUAUUGCAAGCGAUCAAUUUCUAUAAGGACUGUGCACAUUUAUUGGAAGAGGAUAAAAAAAUAGUUACGCACCUCUAUCGACGAAUUAGUAAAACAGAUAAUUUAAAAGGAUUAUUUCUCUUAUUACUUCGAUUGUUCGACCCAAAGCUUCAGAGCAAGCAGUUUCUGAGCGAUAUAAUUGUCACAAAUCACCUCUUGCUCUCCUUCAUUGAUGAUUCCUCUCAGGAUGGUGGCAAUAUUGAUUUAAUGGAUCACGUCAAGAAUUUUGCCUCAAAGGAAGUAAUGUCAUGCUAUGGACUGUUGCUAGAAAACUUUAAAGAUAACGGAUCAACCAUCAAUAACUGUAUUUUUAACAUGAUGCAUCAUGUUGCUGGAGAUCUGGACCGAAUAGACGUGCUUUUUCAACCCACUAUUUUGAAAACAUUCUCUCAAAUUUGGCAAAUGGCUUUUCAAAUCUGUGAUGACUGGUCUGAUUUAAUUGAAUAUGUAAUACACAAAUUCAUCAACAACCCACGAUCUGCAUCUUUGCUGAACAAAAAGGAAAAGGAAGAGGAUUCUCAAACUGUCAGUAAACAAUCAGAACAGAACUCAGGGUGAUUAAUGAUGGGCAGUUCAAGAAGCUCAUGGAUGCUGAGCCGGUGGAUGAUAACAUGAGCUCAGAGCUUAAUGCCAAGAUUGAAGAGAGCAAAGGAUCAUCAAAACCUGAAGUUCUUGAUGAGAUCCAAGUCCUUCGGGACCAUCUCAUUAAAGAAAACAAGGUUAAUGAAGUGCUCUGGAUCCAGAAUGUACUCAUCGAGUGCUGCUAUGUUAAGUUGUGUCUUGCUCACAAUUUGUCAGACAACAUGGAGCCUAUACCUCUUCAUUUUAUCUUAAUGAAUCAAUCAGUCCCCCUCGUACCAUGGACAAGUGAGCAAGAGGACAUAAUGUUGUAUCAACCAUUCGUCUUAUUUCUACAAAAACUUGGAUUGAAUAUUCCUGGUGAAGCUGGAAACAUGUAUGCUCGCAUUUCUUAUGACUGGAAUCCAAACAUUCUCUUUGCUCUCGCUAAGAAACUUGGGCCCAUUGAUGAGAAAAAACUGAAGUUCGAUCCAACCCUGCUACUUAGACAUGAUGGCUCAAAAGAUAUCAAGGACCCCUUAUUUGAUGACAAUCAUUUUGCUGUGCCAUGUCCAAAACUUGCUCCAUUCGCCAGCGAUACACUUCCAAAAAUACCAUGCAGCAGUUCUCAGGUGGAGGCCAAUUGGAUGCAGGUGGUUCAAAAGUCAAAGAGCCUCUCUACGUUUCCUAGCUCUGGAGAUAAUGAAGAUGUGGAGAUCAAUAGUGUGGGAAGUGAAUCAGAUUUGACACAGAUGUACGUCAGUGACGAAGAAUCGGCUCCAGCAAAACUACCGGAAGUGUUAACAUAAUUCAUAUUGUGCUCAGAUCGUUUUUAGUUUUUUCUGUAUUUUUAUUGUUGAAUGAGCCUGCCUCCUUCCUAAGGCUAUAGAUUAUUUUCUGCCCAGAAGUUUUCCCAUGUGAUAAGAGCUGCAAUGGAAAGCUUGUCAUAGCAAUUGAUAACGCGAAAGAAGUGAUAUUAUGACAGUGAGAAAGCAGGUUCAUUCCCUUUCAAAUAUUUUCAACUAAGUACACUUCAGAGCACAACUCUGUCGAAGGAAAGUUGAAUGAAAAGUGAAUGUAGAUCUGUCAGAAAUCUUAAUGUAGGAUAAAAAUAGUUCAUUUUUAGACGUGAUUUUAUUCUAAUGUGUUCUUUGAGCUUUUCAAAAAAAAUACAACGACUUUUAGAUUUUCUUCUCAGAAAUAUCAUGCAAUAAGUGAGGUUUGCAUUUUUCCAGGAAGAAAAUUAAUAUUUUUCCCCCAGGGAAAUCCAGUCAUACUGUUAAACAAUUCUUCCUUUCAGUUCUUUGAGAGUCUUUUAAUUUUUUUAAUUUGAAGUAACCGAAUGCAUGCAGAUUGAAGUUUACAGCAAUUAAAUGAAGACAUUUCCGCAUCAACUCGAGCAACCACGAGAAAGCACAAAUAAACCUGGUUUAUUUGUUUAUUUGUGCUUUCUUUAAAGCUAGUUAUAAAAUGAAUAAAUUGUCUGAAAAGUCAUAAUUACAGCUUUCUAACAGCAUAUUCUUUUCUCUAGUUUGGUCCUAAAGGACGCUGGCAGAUAGGAAUUGCCUACAAGCAUUGUAAAAAAAUAAUGAAAUACAUGCAGCUCUAGUCAAAUUAAAUUACUAGCUGCUUCAGUGCACCAAAAUCGAAAAGCAACAUACCAAUAGAAAUCAGUACUUUCUACCUGUACUCUCUACUACUCUACAAUCCUACUCUUCACUUGUCUCUAAUACAUCGUAUAAAAGGUGUGGUUGAUAAACAGUUUUACAGAGGGAUACACAUAUCAUUUAAUCUUGUAUGGUGAAUAGAAAAUUCUGGGAGAUGAGGCAAAAACACGUCUUGUUGAUGUAAUAGGGCACUAAACAGGCAACUGCCAUACCUAGGAAUCAACUCAACUCGUACCACUACUGCAUUCACUAUCACAGGUUCUUCAUUUUCAUAUUUUUCUGGAAUUUCAAUAGUAUGAAUCACUAUAUCACCAAGAUAAACGUAACUUUACC